CGAACUGGUCAAUACAUCCAACUUUGUCGAAGUUCGCCAACGAGUUACCGAUUAUGUCUGGCAAGUGAUCCGCAUUUGGCGCGAUUCGGAUGCCCUGGAGUUUGACUACGUUGUCGGUCCUGGUCCUUAAGGAACGAGUAUCGAAAGCUACCGACGAAUUGGUGUUCGAGGCCAAUGCGCCGCCGCUCGGCUACAAUACCUAUAUAUUGAGAUUGAAGACCAACAACAACGAUGACAACGAUAGCCAACAGCAGCAGCCGGAAGAGCCGACUGUAACGAAAAUUACCGACAAAUUGUCAGUCAAAUCACUGAGCAAUACGAUUAUGUUUGAUAAUACCGGUGCUCUGAGUGCCGUACAGUUGGCUAACGGAAAGGUUGUCGAUUUGAAACAAAAGUUUGAGUUUUAUAAAGCAAAACCCGGCGACAACAAAGGUGCCGAUCAUCGGGCAUCGGGUGCUUACAUCAUGCGUACCGAUGGCCAGACACCUGAACUAUAUAAGACACCCGUGACCUCCGAACUGGUCAAUACGUCCAACUUUGUCGAAGUUCGCCAACGAGUUACCGACUAUGUCUGGCAAGUGAUCCGCAUUUGGCGCGAUUCGGAUGCCCUGGAGUUUGACUACGUUGUCGGUCCGAUACCCGUCGACGAUAAAGUAGGCAAAGAAAUCAUAUCCCGUUGGGAAACCAAUUUGACUACCAGUUCGCUGGUCUAUACGGAUGCCAAUGGCCGACAAAUGUUGGAACGUCGGCGUGACUUCAGGCCAACUUGGAAUAUGUCCGUAACGGAGGAAGUGGCCGAAAAUUACUAUCCGGUUAACUCGCGUAUAGCCAUCCGCGAUGUCAAACAAGACUUGCAGAUGACUGUACUGAACGAUCGAUCGCAAGGCGGCGCCAGUCUUAAGGACGGUUCACUGGAACUGAUGGUUCAUCGGCGCGAUCUAUACGACGAUGCGUUCGGUGUCGGCGAAGCACUGAACGAACCGGGAGUCGACGGCAAAGGACUGGUAAUUAGGGGGAAAUUUUGGCUGCUGUUGACCAGUUUGGCCGAUGCGGCCGACGCGCACCGUGAUCUGGCACAACGUAUACUAUCCGAACCGUCCUUGACGUUCGGUAAACUCGGAUCAACGACUCCCGAAGAUUAUCUGAAAAAACACAAGUGUCAGUAUACGGGUCUGGCGAAAGAGUUACCGAAAAAUGUCCAUUUGUUGACUGUUGAACAAUGGAAAGAUAGUCAACUGUUGGUACGUCUGGAACACUACUAUCAGACCAAUGAAUCCCGACAACUGUCCAAACCGGUAACGGUUUCGCUCAGGGAUAUGUUUGCACAGUUUACGGUUACCGAAGCUCGGGAGACAACACUGACCGGUACGUUGGAUGUAAAAGCAUUGGAUCAGCGAUUGAAAUGGAGGACCAGUGACGGCGAUAGAGAUGGCGGUCGAUAUGAGCCGAAUCGGGUAGCGUUUGAUCCGACAGAUUUGACCGUAACGUUGAAUCCGAUGGAAAUUCGGACAUUUAUUGUCAAAACAAAGUCCCGAUAAUUAUUCAAUAAUUAAUUAGUAAUAAUACUAAUAUUAAUACUAAUAAUACUAAUAAUUAUUAUUA